CUCACACCUUCUCCCUGACUCAGCUCACACCCACGUGUCUCCUUCCUACUUUCCUUCGCGUUCCCGCCCACAACCAGAAAGAACGCCCAUCCAGCUGGCUAACCGCCGCCACGCCCAGAAAGUGUGUGUGUGUGUUGUGCUGGAGAGAGGAAGAGCAAAGCGCUGGGGACAGGGAGAGCCCACAGCCCGUGGGCCGCUGGACCUCGCCUUAACAUCUGGGCCGCUGGACCUCGCCUUAACAUCUGGUGCAGGUUUUUAAAAAAAAAAGAGCCAAUGCCCACUCUACAAGACACCUCGGGGCCACGAAUUGGAUGAGCCCGGCCAUAAAAAGACCCAGCUGACCUGCAGAGAUGGCUUCAGUUAACAAGAACGGGAGCAGCUCACGUUUGCAAAGUCGAAAGCCGCCUCAUCUUUCCAUCACCAUCCCUCCCACUGAAGGCGCCGGAGACCAUAAACAGGCUCGGACUUUGACCAAACCAGUGUACCAUAAAAGUGUAAGUCUUCAGGAACCCCAGCGAACAGAAGAAGAAGCCCCAAAUGAAAGGCCUGGCUUCAGAAGACAAACUUCACUUUCCCAGAGCAUAAGAAAGGGCACAGCCCAGUGGUUUGGCGUAAGCAAUGAUUGGGAAGGAAAGCGACAACAGUGGCAACGUAAAAGCCUUCAUCACUGCAGCCUCCGAUAUGGAAAGCUUAAACCUCAGUAUCAGAGGGAUAUGGAACUGCCCAGCCAGGAAACGCCCUCCUUCCAGGCCACAGAGUCCCCUGCCACUUGCCGAAUGCCCAAGAUUGUUGAUCCAUUGGCACGGGGGAGGGCCUUUCGUCAACCUGAUGAGGUGGAUCGGCCACGAACCCCUCACGUAGGAGUUGCCCCAGUGACCCCUGGAGUCCUAUCACUAACCUCUUUCACCAGUGUGCGUUCAGGCUAUAGCCGUUUUCCAAGACGGAAGAGAGAGAGUGUGGCGCACAUGAGUUUCCGUGCUGCAGCCGCUAUUAUAAAGGGUCGCCCCAUACUAGACACUCCUCACAGCAGGAAAGCCGGACAGAAGAGAAGCUUUGCCUAUCCAAGCUUUAUGGAUGAGGACACAGUAGAUGCCCCAGAUACUCUGGAUUCCUCCUUCUUCAGUAAGGUGGACAUGCAUGAUGAAACCUUCUCUAUGCCAGAUGACGUUUUUGAAUCUCCUCCUCUCUCUGCUGCUUACUUCCGAGCGCCUGUGACAACAACUGAUGAUGCUCCCAUUUCAAGUGGGAGAGAAUUUGUGAGGCCUUCUCCUACUUUGGCUGUCCACCCUCGUAGAGGGAAGCGCAUUGCAUCUCAGGUAAAACACUUUGCCUUUGAUCGUAAGAAGCGCCUCUACGGCCUCGGCGUUGUUGGGAAUUGGCUAAACAGAACCUACAGGCGGAGUAUAAGCAGCACAGUGCAGAACCAACUGGAGCAUAUUGACAGUCACAGGCCUUACUUUACCUAUUGGGUCACAGUUGUCCAUGUGCUCAUCACUUUGCUUGCCAUUGGUACAUAUGGCAUUGCACCCAUUGGAUUUGCGCAACACACCGCCACUGAACUGGUCCUUAGGAACAAAGGUGUGUAUGAGAGUGUGAAAUACAUACAGCAGGAAAACUUUUGGAUAGGCCCAAGUUCGAUAGCUCUGAUUCACCUUGGAGCAAAGUUUUCGCCCUGCAUACGUCGGGAUGCACAAAUUGAUCGCUUGAUUCACAGAGAGCAUGAUCUAGAACGGGAGUCAGGCUGUUGCGUUCAAAAUGAUAAAUCGGGGUGUGUGCAGACACUAAAGCGGGUUUGCUCGGAAACACUGGCAACUUUUAUAAAGUGGCCAGAACAUAAUGCACCUGAGCAGGAUGGUCAGAAGAGAGUUUCAGGAGCUGUGUGCCAUCAAGACCCCCGGACUUGUGAGGAGCCGGCUUCCAUCACACCACAUGUCUGGCCUGAUGACAUCACGAAAUGGCCGAUAUGCACAUACCAGCCCAAAAAUAACCACACUGGAUUGAAGCACAUGGACUGUGAAAUUAAAGGACGGCCUUGUUGUAUUGGUACUAAAGGAAGUUGUGAAAUAACAACUCGGGAGUAUUGUACUUUCAUGCAUGGAUAUUUUCAUGAAGAGGCAACACUUUGUUCACAGGUCCACUGUUUAGAUGAAGUUUGUGGCUUGCUGCCAUUUCUGAAUCCCGAAGUGCCAGAUCAGUUUUACAGGUUGUGGCUGUCACUGUUCCUUCAUGCUGGGGUAAUUCAUUGCUUGGUUUCAGUGAUUUUCCAGAUGACAGUUCUGCGUGACUUGGAGAAGCUGGCAGGCUGGCUUCGUAUUUCCAUCAUCUACAUCCUGAGUGGCAUCUCAGGGAACUUGGCCAGUGCCUUAUUCUUGCCUUAUAGGGCAGAGGUUGGUCCUGCCGGAUCUCAGUUUGGUCUCUUGGCAUGCCUUUUUGUUGAACUCUUCCAGAGCUGGCAGAUACUGGCCAAACCAUGGAAAGCCUUCUUUAAGCUUGUUGGCAUCGUCCUCUUUCUGUUCUUGUUUGGACUGCUCCCAUGGAUUGACAACAUAGCUCACAUUUUUGGCUUCAUCAGUGGUCUACUUCUGUCCUUCGCCUUCCUUCCAUACAUUACUUUUGGCACAGUUGACAAGUAUCGCAAGAGAGUCAUGAUCAUCAUCUCGCUGUUUGUUUUUAUUGGUCUCUUUGCCUCUUUGGUCAUCUGGCUUUAUGUACAUCCAAUUAACUGGACUUGGAUUGAAUACUUGACCUGUAUCCCUUUUACCAACAAGUUCUGUGAAAAGUAUGAUAUAGACCACAUACUCCACUAGUGCCAAUCUUUUCUACAAUAUGGUAAACCUCUGAGGUACGGUUAAACAUGGAGAACUUGAAGAUGCUCCUAGACUGAAUUAUGGUUAGUCCAUAACAGCUUGAUCAGCAUUAAUAUGAAUAAUGCGUGAUGGUUAACAUUUCAUACCAGAAGAGCGAGAGUUAUCUGAGUCAGUUCUAGAACCAGUCCACAUCUGUGCCUGCUUCUGGAUUUACAAACAAUGUGAAAUUUACUUGGAGAGGAGUCUAAACUGACUUUUCAGACAUGGAUUUCUUUUGAACUCUACAGCUCAGGAAUUACCCUUCACUUCAGUUAUUUUCCAUACAUGAUGGGUAUUCUCAAAUGGCCCUGUGUGAUCACAGUUAAUGGAAGACUGUGUUUGAGAUCUUUUACAUUGUUUUCCUUAUUGUCGUUUGAUAGAGUUGCAUCUGAAGGAGACAUUUGACCUUAUACAUCUAGCAGUUGCAAUAUACCACAUUUGUUUAGUAUCAUUUAAAGCAGUGUUAUUAGCUGCACUUUGGGUAAUACCAUGUGAUUCUUCAAAGACAGAAAAGCUAUUACCAUCAGAAAAUCUCUACCAGUGCUAAAACAACCUGAGUUUUUCCCUUGUUGGCGUCAGACAUUACAGUGAUGUUAGGUGUACAUAUGUCUAGACAUUGCUAGGUCCCUGAGUUGGCAGAACUCUAUAAAUCUUUAAGCUUGGUCUCUUUGGAAAGGAGAGGAAGCAGCAUAAUCAUAGUUAACAGGAGAGGUUUUACCCCCUUCCUAACAGUGGGCAUUAGGGUAGUUUAUAUACAGAUUGUGCAUAAAACGUAAAGACCUCUACCAUUAAAUAGGUUGGGUUGAGAUCUCUAUAACAAGAUGUCACCAUCGCUCCUUCCUGGUUGGUUGAUAUCAGAUUGUAAGCACUUGGCAUUGGGCAAGCGGUUCCCAAAAAGGACGCUGCCCAUUCAUUACUGGAGAUACCUUCACUUAUGGGUGGCAUGCCAGGCAGUUAUCUCAUGAGGGAGGGGGGCUUGGGAAUACUUAAAGACCAAAAAAGUAACUCUGCUGAUCCUGGUAGUGCACAUGAUCAGCAUUGGUCAGCUCACUGAAUACUGCUGCUUAUCAUAUAGGAUCUCUCUUCAGGCUAAGUUGGCAUAAUGAAACACUAGGCCGAGAUUACUUGGCCCUAUCUUACUACUUUUUUUUGUUUUUGCACAUUUUAUCAAUAUGAAUACUUUCUGAACAAUGAACAAUCAUUUAGUUGCAUUCUACUUUCUAGUAAAUGGUACUCCAAGUUAAACAAAAUGUGCUGCAUAUACCCAUCUAGCUUACUAAAUGGGCACCAAUAACUAGUUUCCUAGAAUGGACGUCUUUUCUUAGCGCUGCUUGGAAAAGUCUUACCAAAAAAAUCUUAGGCUGCCACUAUGUUUUCUGUUCGCACAUUGUCUAAAUUCUGCCAGGUGGAUGUUCAGACCCCAUCUGAGACGAGCUUUGGGCAUAAGAAACAUAGGGUUGAGCUGCAGACAGUGACCAGUUCCUUUGUAUUCAUUGGGCUUGUAAGUGGUUUGCUGCUGUGUUGCCCACCCCUCGGUUGACCAACUUUUGGAUGUCCCGAAUGUUAAUGACAUCCUGUGUCCCUCAAUGUCCAAGUGAAAAAAGAUUGAAUUCUUGUGUUCACCAAAAAAUGCUUUUAUUUAAGUCCCUUGAGGGACACGGGUCCCACCCCCUCUGUGUUUAUGAUCAUGCUUUUGGUACUGCUUUACUACAAGCUGCAGUAUGCUAGCAAUAGGAGGUUGGCCUACAUUAUUUGCCAACAUUGUUAUUUACCAUUGUCCAAUUCUCCUGUAGGCACCAGUAUAACCCAGCUGUUUCUAAAGUUGACCUUAACUCCCUUUUGCCUGUCAUCGUUCACGCUAGGCAUUCAAGAUCAAGUAGAUAUCUGACCUCCUUGAAAGUUGGGGACUGUCCCAUACACAGGCAGAAUAAUGGCUAGUUCUUGGCUGAGAAUCGGCUUGUGUGUAAUCACCAAUCCCAAACAAACCCCCCAAAAAAUCUGUACUUUUUACCAAGCUUCUUUACUGGAGUAUAGCCAGGAAGGCAUGUGUUAUUGGAUGAUACGUUUCUGGCUUAUUUACCCUGUACAUUUACAAGGACAACCCCAUCACUUUACCAUCAUGGCCCAAUACUCACCUUCCUUUUUAUAUUUUCAUCACUUCCUCUCAGCCUGAAGAACCGAAUGGCACACACACCUACUUUAUUUGUAGGCCUUUGUCAUCUUGAAACCACAGACUUUGACAUGUGCAAUACAGAGGCAAGCACACAUCUAUUUUAGUCCUAUAAUGGGACAUCAGGGACCUUCUGUACCUCACCUCUAGUCAUGAUGCACAUAUAUCAGGUACACUUGUUCUGUUCAUUUGUAUUGCAGAAAUGGACCAAAAUUUUUGCACAGUGACUCCAGUGUAUAAAUUAUGUCACUGUGCAGACACCUGAAAGCUGAUCCUACUGAGAAUGAGAAAGGGCUUUAGUUUUUUCACAGAUACUGGAAUAUUUUUACUAUAAGACUUUUGCAUGGGACUCUUGGAUUUUAUUGAAACCCUUUGCUGCGCAACAGGGUCUGCUCUGCAAGGUGUUGCAGACCAUAUGGAGUGAAUGUUCAUUUUGUACAAGCGCCGUUCUGAUGUCAAGAGACAUAUAUGCAACCAAGGUCAUUUUUGAUGCUACUUUUGACAAAGUGUUUAUAUUUAAUUUAUUUGAACCAAGAAUAUUUGAAUUUCUCUACUCCUGAAACUUUUUGAUUCCUACUCUAUAAAGAGUAGAAUUUUGUAAGACAGUACCUGUUGCAGGAGACCUGAACUUUGAAAUAAAACACUUAACAGGCGUUUUCA